AGCCCACAGGCAUACGCAAAACUCUCAUCUUCGUCUCCUCAUCCGCCUCGACUCUGUACUUUCUCUCUCUCUUUCGUUGUCUGUUUUGAUAUGGAAGAAAACGACCAAAAGGAACUUGAACUUCUACCUUCUUCGCACUCUGUAGCAUCGGCAUCUCGCGUCGCCUCUGAUAAUUCUUCUCUGCUACGGUUCCGAUCAACGGUGUCGUCAUCGGAAGGUACGCCGUCUCUGGACUUGCAGUUAUCGAUCAGCGUGAGGCCGAUGAUGCGGCCUGGGUCGGACUGCGUUUACAAGGAGGAGAGGAGUUCGUGCGUGGAGGCGCUGAAGUGGGAGGCUGCGGAGCAGAUACGUGUGGCGGCGAUGGAGAAGGCGUACGCGGAGAGGGUGAGGGAGCUGACGAGGAGAGAGAUGGAGAUGGCGCAAUCGGAGUUCGCACGCGCGAGGCAAAUGUGGGAGAGGGCUAGGGAAGAGGUUGAGAGAGCCGAGAGAAUGAAAGAAAGAGCCACUAGACAAACUGAUUCUACGUGCAUGGAGAUCACUUGCCAGUCUUGCAGGCAAAGAGGGAGCUGGUCGAGUUCCAUGUAUGGAGAAUUAAACCUGUUCGAAGAAUUACGUGUUGUUUUCUGAAGAGGAAAGAGAUGAAACUACAUGUUAUACUUCUCAGUAUAUUUUGGAUGAGGAUUAGAUCACUAUAUAUGCAUCUGGACUUCCAUAAAACAAUAAUAUGGAAGAUUCGUUUCUUCCCUUCAAGUAGAUGUAUUUGAGGCAUCUUUUGCAGUCCAAAGUCAGGAAACCUCAAAAUAGUUCACCCAAUUAAUAAGUUAUUCUUUAAAAUUACCAACGAGAAGUAGAAUUGAUUUGCUUGGAUAUCAAGAGAUACCCAAGUUUAAUCAGUUGAAUGCAGAUGAUUUCUGAUAUAGCGUGGAACCAAAACAACAUGCUGGAAAGUAAGUCGUGAGAGAAUUGUGAGGAGAUCAGAUCAAUUAAAUUAGUUAGUUCCCUUUACUUAUGACAUUCUGAAGUACAGAAGCAUUAAUGAAGAUGGUGUGUUGGGGGCUACUGUUAUGAUGGAUUCUCCAGAAUCAAAAGAAAUGAUGGUAUUCAUGUACCAUAAACUUUACUAAAUGUUAUGGCAUUGGGCUGCAAGAAUA